UCUGGGCUCAGCUCUCCCUGCCCUUCCUACAAGGAAGUGCCGACUGGGGAAAGUUCUGUGCUUUACAUUAGUGUUGUCUGUGCUGCUGAGAUCAUGUGGUCGUCGCUGAGUCGUAGUAUCACUCAAGGAGCAAAGGUCAUACGUCUUGCUCGAUACUCCUCAGAUGCCUGUGCUCCCUUCCGUAUCCAUCGUCUGGAUCACCUGGUGCUGACUGUGCGAAGCUUAGAGAAUACUGUUAAUUUCUACUCACGUGUUCUAGGCAUGGAGGUCACAACAUUCAAGGGUAACAGGAAAGCUUUGACCUUCGGGAUGCAAAAGAUUAACCUUCAUGAGGCUGGAAAGGAGUUUGAGCCAAAGGCUUCAACACCAACCCCAGGGUCAGCAGAUCUGUGUCUUAUUACCAAUACCUCACUAAGUACUGUGAUGCAGCACCUUCAGGACUGUGGGGUACACUUAGAAGAAGGACCUGUAUCCCGAACAGGAGCUGUUGGAGAGAUCACAUCUGUUUACUUUCGGGAUCCUGACAAUAAUUUAAUAGAGGUGUCAAACUACGAAGAGGAAACAAACAAGGCACUUUAGCAAACAAAUUAUUUGAUUAAGGAUGUAAAUAUGUUUUUUCAUCAGUACUUGUUUAAUAAAAGAAAAAUAAAUCACUA